AUGGGGCAUGCCUCCUGCGCUCUUGGAUGUUCUGACCAAAGAGGCUGCUCAACAUGGGGCUCAUCCAGACCGCAGAUUGUUGAAGUGGAGGUGCCAGAAAUUUCAUUGACUUCGAAGCCCCGGAAGCAAGCCGAGGCACAGUGUUUAGAAUCUUGGCACGGGGCAGCUACGGUCAGUCCAGCACCGCUGGAUGUGAAGCCCGUUUCUCACUUGGCACCGCUCCCGACACUGCAGCUGGACAUGCCAGCUGCUGUAGCAGCCGCUUUUCUGGAAAGUACUCGGGCCGAGGCAGAUGCCAAGUACCGCCGGAAGUUGGCGUGCAGGGCUGCGAGGGCCGAAGCUGCUGGUCAAGCCAAAGGGCUACGAGGGCGGCAUCACCUUCCCCUGCAAACCAGCAUCGAACAUACAAUAUGGAUGGGAAGUUUGUCGCCAGUGGUGCAAUUCGCCAGCGUUUGCAAGAAAUGGAGGCAUGUUCCCCCGGAUGCCCUGCGCCAAGCAAGAGGUGACCUCUUGCUCGUGGCGAAGGUUGGGGACCUGGAGCUACGGGAGCAUGUCGUGGAAGCCAGGCGAGUCCUUCGACGAGCCAGUAGUUUGCCGGCUGGGGGCGGCGGAACGGCCGCAAAGCUCUUGCGUGAGGAAAGGGUGGUUCUUGCACGCCGGAUCGCAGAGUCGCCCGCCAGAGCUCGACAAAUAUAUGAACCGCUGUCAAUUCCAAGCUUCGUUGCGGAGAUGCAGGUUGCCACGAAGCGCCGCUGUGGAUCAGGAGACAAGCUUUCAAGACCACAGCUUGUUCAGGAUCGCAUCCUUUCGGGGACGACUUCGGUGAGGGAUGCCACAAUUUCAGCGGAUGUGCAGAACCACUGCAAGAGUUACAAGAACCAGACUGGGAGCAGUAUAGCUUACGACGAAGUCUUUGAGGUGCGAACGACCGGCCAAGAAGCACCAGUCUCUGAAGACUUACAACCUUCUCUUUCUAUUUCUCUGCAUGCACUUCUUUCAGACCUUUGUCAGUCCAUCAAAGUUGAUGACAUGCCGCAUGACGGCCAAGACCAUGCCAACAAUGUCGAGACCAGUGAAGUCUGCAUGAGCAACAGGCACUCGAGGUCAGAAUCUGUGGCUGAGAUCGCUGUCAAUGCGUGCAUGUUCGUCGUGGCACAUGGAGUGCACAACUGCAUCUCAAACGGGUGCGACCUUGCAGACGGUGCCUGUGUUUACGACACCAUAGACGACACAACGCAGCUGACGGACAUCACCGACUGCAUGGAAGAAAAACACGCAGUGGCCGAAGCUUAUGCAGCAUUGGCUCGGUCGAGCGAAAGAGCUGCUGGGGCAAGCGAUGCUUUGCCAAAGGCGGCGGUGGUGGGCUCACGUCUGGCGCAGUCAGACAACACGCGGUCGGUGCUGGUUGCUGAGGUCAAAGCUCCAGACGACGACACUGCGGUGGCAAGCCUGAAGCAAAACUUGCGGCAAUUAGCUACCGAAGAGGUUGAGUUUACAACUUUCGCAAAGAAAGCGGAGGAGGAAGCGAAGAAGGUGGACGAAAUGGAGUCAGCUAAGAAGGAGCGAUUGGCCAAGCAAGCGGAGGAGGAGGCGAAGAAGGCGGAAGAAGAGAGACUGGCCAAGGAGGCAAUGGAGGCAGCUAAGAAGGCCGAAGAGGAGCGAUUGGCCAAGGAAGCGGAGGAGGAGGAGAAGGAGGCGAAGAAGGCAGAAGACGAGAGAUUUGCCAAGGAGGCAAUGGAGGCAGCUAAGAAGGCCGAAGAGGAGCGAUUGGCCAAGGAAGCUGAGGAGGAGGCGAAGAAGGCGGAGGAAGAGAGAUUUGCCAAGGAGGCAAUGGAGGCAGCUAAGAAGGCCGAAGAGGAGCGAUUGGCCAAGGAAGCGGAGGAGGAGGCGAAGAAGGCGGAGGAAGAGAGAUUUGCCAAGGAGGCAAUGGAGGCAGCUAAGAAGGCCGAAGAGGAGCGAUUGGCCAAGGAAGCGGAGGAGGAGGCGAAGAAGGCGGAAGAAGAGAGAUUGGCCAAGGAGGCAAUGGAGGCAGCUGAGAAGGCCGAAGAGGAGCGAUUGGCCAAGGAAGCGGAGGAGGAGGAGAAGGAGGCGAAGAAGGCAGAAGACGAGAGAUUUGCCAAGGAGGCAAUGGAGGCAGCUAAGAAGGCCGAAGAGGAGCGAUUGGCCAAGGAAGCGGAGGAGGAGGCGAAGAAGGCGGAGGAAGAGAGAUUUGCCAAGGAGGCAAUGGAGGCAGCUAAGAAGGCCGAAGAGGAGCGAUUGGCCAAGGAAGCGGAGGAGGAGGCGAAGAAGGCGGAAGAAGAGAGGCUGGCCAAGGAGGCAAAGGAGGCAGCUAAGAAGGUCGAAGAGGAGCGAUUGGCCAAGGAAGCGGAGGAGGAAGCGAAGAACGCGGAAGAAAAGAGACUGGCCAAGGAGGCAAAGGAGGCAGCUAAGAAGGCCGAAGAGGAGCGAUUGGCCAAGGAAGCGGAGGAGGAGGCGAAGAGGGCGGAAGAAGAGAGAUUGGCCAAGGAGGCAAUGGAGGCAGCUGAGAAGGCCGAAGAGGAGCGAUUGGCCAAGAAAGCUGAGGAGGAGGCGAAGAAGGCGAAGGAAGAGAGAUUUGCCAAGGAGGCAAUGGAGGCAGCUAAGAAGGCCGAAGAGGAGCGAUUGGCCAAGCAAGCGGCGGAGGAGGCGAAGAAGGCGGAGGAAGAGAGACUUGCCAAGGAGGCAAUGGAGGCAGCUAAGAAGGCCGAAGAGGAGCGAUUGGCCAAGGAAGCGGAGGAGGAGGCGAAGAGGGCGGAAGAAGAGAGAUUGGCCAAGGAGGCAAUGGAGGCAGCUGAGAAGGCCGAAGAGGAGCGAUUGGCCAAGAAAGCUGAGGAGGAGGCGAAGAAGGCGAAGGAAGAGAGAUUUGCCAAGGAGGCAAUGGAGGCAGCUAAGAAGGCCGAAGAGGAGCGAUUGGCCAAGCAAGCGGCGGAGGAGGCGAAGAAGGCGGAGGAAGAGAGACUUGCCAAGGAGGCAAUGGAGGCAGCUAAGAAGGCCGAAGAGGAGCGAUUGGCCAAGGAAGCGGAGGAGGAGGCGAAGAAGGCGGAGGAAGAGAGACUUGACAAGCAGGCAACGGAGGCAGCUAAGAAGGCCGAAGAGGAGCGAUUGGCCAAGGAAGCGGAGGAGGAGGAGGAGGAGUCAAAGAAGGCGGAAGAAGAGAGAUUGGCCAAGGAGGCAAUGGAGGCAGCUAAGAAGGCCGAAGAGGAGCGAUUGGCCCAGCAAGCCGCGGAGGAGGAAGCGAAGAAGGCGGAGGAAGAAAGACUUGCCAAGGAGGCAAGGGAGGCAGCUAAGAAGGUCGAAGAGGAGCGAUUGGCCAAGGAAGCGGAGGAGGAGGCGAAAAAGGCGGAGGAAGAGAGACUUGCCAAGGAGGCAAUGGAGGCAGCUAAGAAGGCUGAAGAGCAACGAUUGGCCAAGCAAGCGGCGGAGGAGGCGAAGAAGAAGAAGGAGGAAGAGAGACUUGCCAAGGAGGCAAGGGAGGCAGCUAAGAAGGCCGAAGAGGAGCGAUUGGCCCAGCAAGCGGCGGAGGAGGCGAAGAAGGCGGAGGAAGAGAGACUUGCCAAGGAGGCAAUGGAGGCCGCUAAGAAGGCCGAAGAGGAGCGAUUGGCCAAGGAAGCGGAGGAGGAGGCGAAAAAGGCGGAGGAAGAGAGAUUGGCCAAGGAGGCAAUGGAGGCAGCUAAGAAGGCCGAAGAGGAGCGAUUGGCCAAGGAAGCGGAGGAGGAGGAGGCGAAGAAGGCGGAAGAAGAGAGAUUGGCCAAGGAGGCAAUGGAGGCAGCUAAGAAGGCCGAAGAGGAGCGAUUGGCCAAGCAAGCGGCGGAGGAGGAAGCGAAGAAGGCGGAGGAAGAGAGACUUGCCAAGGAGGCAAGGGAGGCAGCUAAGAAGGCCGAAGAGGAGCGAUUGGCCAAGGAAGCGGAGCAGGAGGCGAAAAAGGCGGAGGAACAGAGACUUGCCAAGGAGGCAAUGGAGGCAGCUAAGAAGGCCGAAGAGGAGCGAUUGGCCAAGGAAGCGGAGGAGGAGGCGAAGAAGGCGGAAGAAGAGAGAUUGGCCAAGGAGGCAUUUGAGGCAGCUAAGAAGGCCGAAGAGGAGCGAUUGGCCCAGCAAGCGGCGGAGGAGGAAGCGAAGAAGGCGGAAGAAGAGAGACUUGCCAAGGAGGCAAGGGAGGCAGCUAAGAAGGCCGAAGAGGAGCGAUUGGCCAAGGAAGCGGAGGAGGAGGCGAAAAAGGCGGAGGAAGAGAGACUUGCCAAGGAGGCAAUGGAGGCAGCUAAGAAGGUCGAAGAGGAGCGAUUGGCCAAGGAAGCGGAGGAGGAGGCGAAGAAGGCGGAAGAAGAGAGAUUGGCCAAGGAGGCAAGGGAGGCAGCUAAGAAGGCCGAAGAGGAGCGAUCGGCCCAGCAAGCGGCGGAGGAGGAAGCGAAGAAGGCGAAGGAAGAGAGACUUGCCAAGGAGGCAAUGGAGGCAGCCAACAAGGCCGAAGAGGAGCGAUUGGCCAAGGAAGCUGAGGAGGAGGCGAAGAAGGCGGAGGAAGAGAGACUUGCCAAGGAGGCAAUGGAGGCAGCUAAGAAGGCCGAAGAGGAGCGAUUGGCCAAGGAAGCGGAGGAGGAGGCGAAGAAGGCGGAGGAAGAGAGAUUUGCCAAGGAGGCAAUGGAGGCAGCUAAGAAGGCCGAAGAGGAGCGAUUGGCCAAGGAAGCGGAGGAGGAGGCGAAGAAGGCGGAAGAAGAGAGAUUGGCCAAGGAGGCAAUGGAGGCAGCUAAGAAGGCCGAAGAGGAGCGAUUGGCCAAGGAAGCGGAGGAGGAGGCGAAGAAGGCGGAAGAAGAGAGACUGGCCAAGGAGGCAAUGGAGGCAGCUAAGAAGGCCGAAGCGGAGCGAUUGGCCAAAGAAGCGGAGGAGGAGGAGGAGUCGAAGAAGGCGGAAGAAGAGAGGCUGGCCAAGGAGGCAAAGGAGGCAGCUAAGAAGGUCGAAGAGGAGCGAUUGGCCAAGGAAGCGGAGGAGGAGGCCAAGAAGGCGCAAGAAGAGAGACUUGCCGAGGAGGCAGCUAAGAAGGCCGAAGAGGAGCGAUUGGCCAAGGAAGUGGAGGAGAACGCGACGAGAAUUUCCAAGUCCGACAUGGAGGUAGAGUCUGGCGGCAUCGCAGGGGUUCCAAAUCCGAGCUUUACCGCUCAGUUGCAGAAAGGAUUGGAAGGGUUGGGCCUGACAGUCCGGCUGCAUCCGGACAUUCGAGCCGGCGUGCUGGCAGUGGUUGAUGUUCACCCACAGGGCUCCGUGGCCAAGUACAACUCGCAACAACGUGCAUCCGGCUGUUCUAUGUUAAUUCGGCCAAGGAUGCUCAUCACUGAAGUGAAUGGCAUCCAGGGAAACACCGAAGCCAUGCUCGAGGCUCUUUGCCGAAGCUUCUCGCUGCAAUUGCGAUUGUGUGCUGCGAAUGUUUCAGAGCUGGCCGAGCGUAAGCAUGCAUCUCCGAAGGAGAUUGUGUCCAUGAUGAAUGCGAUCCGAGCUGUCAGAGUUUUGCGGAGCUCUUCGUCUACGCAGCCCGUGUACCCACAUGACGAGAAGUCUGGCAAUUGCCGAAUGAUCGGUGGGCUUCACCUGUAG